CGCUGAAGAAACGCGAAGCGUUAGGGAAGGAAGAUGGCGGACAGUGCCUCGUUGCUAACGUGUGUAUCACGUGAGUGAAAACGACCCAUUCUCACCCUUCCCCCGAGUUGGGCAGAGUUGUUUCCCCCAAAACUUAAAAAAGUGCGCGACAGUAGCGUCCCUUGAUUUCUGCAAUGGGGGACUCAUCAGACGACGAGAUGUUGAUGCUUGCAGCAGCACUUCAUGUUCUAAAGAAAAAGAAGACAGAGCGAGGAUGGUGGAUAAAACCAUGGCUCAAAAGAGGAGCCCAACAAAGCGCCUACAAUGCUCUGAUGCUGGAACUGAGUGCUGUGGAUUCAGACUCUUACAGCAACUUUGUGAGAAUGGACCCGCAGAACUUUCAGAUGCUGCUCGCACGUGUAGGGCCGUACAUCAUAAAGCGAACAACAAAUAUGCGCGAGUACAUCGCACAUGGGGAAAGGCUUGCUGUGACGCUGAUAUUUCUAGCCACAGGAGACAGUUACCAGUCCUUGUGUUUUCUCUAUCGUCUGGGGAGAAGUACCAUUGGGGAAAUCAUUCCAGACACAUGUAGAGCAAUUACUGCUGCUCUGAAAGAUCAGUAUUUGGAGCUAGGUUCCCAAUACAACACAAAAAUGGGAAGCCAUUACAAGAGUCUUUGAAGAAAAAUGGAAUUUUCCACGCUGUAUUGGGGUUAUAGAUGGAAAACAUUUUGCUAUAAAGGCCCCUUUAGAAGUGGUUCUACUCUUUCUGCAAGAGAAGUUAGAAAUAAAUUUCGUGACUACUUCUGGGCUCAUGGUGAGGUUCACUGGCAGUGGGAUCAAAUAUAAAACUAUUUGUUGCAAUGUAUCUGGCUGAGAGUCCAUGAUCUUUAAGAAUCAUUUUUUUUUUCUGAAAUAAACUUGCUGAGCUGGUCAGAAACAUUUCAUUUUUUAAAGUUAUUGCCUGUUUAGAAAGGUUACAAUUAACAUAUAUUUUGUAGUGUUUUUAAUAGAUAUGAUUUUGAUAGUUUUGAGCAAUUAUUCACAUCUCACAUACAGCCACCUCGCACACUGUCAUUUAAUGUCUGUUUAGUGAUGAUGUUUUAGAAUGUGUUUGAUCCAAAUAAAGUUUUAUUUUUUUAAUAAAUGUAUUUUGCGAAUUACAGUGUAUGCUCAGAGAUCUGUUUGUGAUAUACAAUUUAUUAUCCGGUCUGUGAAUAUUUCAUGACAAACAAAAUUGAUUGUAGACAAGUUGAGUGGGAGGGUGGACUUGACAACAAAAUUUUUAUCAAACUGUUCACAGUAGGAUAUUUUAAGCCACCUUAAACAACCUUUGUGACAAGAUGUAAUAAAUUUAUUAUAUGUUACUGCUUAUGUAUAUAUGUAUAAAUCAUUCUGUUUACCAAGUUCGAAGAUAUUUCAGCGCCACUAGAGACAUUACUGGCAACAGGAAUUUCAACUGCUGGUAAAAGGGCCAUGAACUGUAGUAGACAACACAUGCUCCAGCCCCACUUUGGUUUUAUUUAUUUUAUGCAUUUCCCUUAAAAAUGUGUUUCGGAGGCUGGCAACCGAUCCUGCCUGUGGAGAAGUAAAAGCCUCAAGGUGACAGGUUUCCCGUGUCCUUCUUGACUAGUUGUGAGGUGACAGGUCCUGCUUGGCAGAACAGUAUCCCCUCCCCAAGGGUCUGGCUGCUGCAAGGUGACUAGUUCUGCCCACCUCGAGUAUGGGAGAAGUGCCAUGAUGGCUCAGGUCUCUCAAACCCCACUCCUCUCUCCUCUGGGUAGAUCCUUUUAAUUAGUUACUACAGGUUGUCCAGCUGCAAAGUGCUGGGCGCUCGUAAAUGUGAAAUUCUAAAAGCUGUGAUACGCGUGUGCACAUUUUCUGCUCUAGAUUGUACUGCUGAUGUUUAUUAAAGUGUGUACUUUCCUGAAAUGCAUACAUCCAAAAAUCCCACAACUUUGAUGUCAGUUUAAGGUGCUGUCAAACAAAAUUAUGGGACUACAUAACCUUCACUGUUGGUGCUAACAGAACAGAACAAGAAGUUUCAGCAGAUCGUUAUUAUCUUCUCAGACCUUGACAAGAAAUUCCUAACAUGGGAGAUAAUGUGAUAUCAACCAGAGAUUUCACUCUCAAACUACAGAUCACAUUCUCAUACUUGAGAAAGUCUGCUCAACUUUGAUGGUCUGCUAUAGGACUUUCUAGUGAAAGAGCAGUAAAAAUGAUUGGCAUACCAAACACAGCUGGGACUCUAGCCAAGAGACACAGCUACCUACAAAAUACCAGAGACCCAAACAUUUCAGUGCAGUUCUGAUCCCACUGCACAAGCAUUUGAUACAAAAGUAGGACUGAUCACACCGUGAAACAAAAUCACAUUAUUUUACCAAUUUGCAUACAUAAAGACAGACAAAACAAUUCAACAUGCUACUGUAAAUAUAGUUUAUUUUUGUACAAACCAUGAUUAGGUGACUCCUUUGCUUGUAACUGUGCAAAUACCAAAAAAGCCUUAUGAUAAAAAAUUCCUAUUUAAGAUAAUGUGGGAGCAAAUUGGUGAUGCACAUCAACAAGUGAAAAUAUGAUAAUUUGAGUGUUUACAAUUUUGUUGAUCGAAAUUCUCGUGUCAAAAGUAGAAAGGGGAUGAGUGAACAAGUAUAAGAUUAACAAAAGGUUAAAAUGGUUAUGCAACUGUGUAACAUCUUUUCCAGUCUGCAGUGGUGGCUUUCCCUCACCCUUUAUUGAGUAUAAGGUUUAUGAUCUGUGGAGGAAAAGGGGGGAAGAGUCACAGACAAACUAGUAAAGCACAUUAAAUUUACCACUAUUUCAGUAUUUCGUACAUUUUUGUAGGAGCUACUUUUCAGCGAAGAUGAAUCUUUUCAAAACUUGUAAAUUAAUUGUUGACCUUCCAACUGUUUUCCAGUCACAAAUUUGGAAUGUGGUGUUUUCAGUAGUUUAACAUAGUUUGGCAGAGGUAAGAAUAUAAAUAUGAGUAGUAUUCAGACUUUCAACCCAUUCAGCAAUAUCUGUUAUGUGCUUAUACAUCAAUUCACCAUCUCUGUGUCUUAACCACUCACCACUGCAACAUUUAAGUAGUUGUUCACUGAAACCAAAUGUUUGGACAUCAAGUAUGCUGUUGAGUAAUCACUAGUUCCAGCAACUGACAUCAAUUUGCAUAAAAAAGUUGUCACCGAACUUAUGUCACGUGUUCCUA